ACACAAACGCCAUCUUGACAGCACCCUCAAAAUGGCAGAAAGAUGGGAGGUAGAAACCGAGUCCAGGGUAAGAUUGCUCCCGUAUUUUAUUUAAAACCAGUCUCGCCUUUCUUCCACACACGCGUGGUUAUGGAGUUGGUAGCCGGGGCGACAGCACAAAGCCUGUAAGAUGGAUAUAACUACAGCGGUUUUCAACGCGGCCAGAGAUGGUAAGCUGAAACUUAUCCAGAAGUUGCUGAGCAACAAAACUCCUGAGGAGUUGGAGGCUUUAGCUGAGGAGAAAACACAGGGAGGAACCCCUCUGUUAAUCGCCUCUCGGUACGGACACUUAGAGGUUGUAGAUUACCUCCUUGAACAUUGUAAAGCUAAUGUUGAACUUGGAGGAUCGGUGAACUUUGACGGCGAGACCAUCGAAGGGGCUCCGCCGCUGUGGGCGGCUUCGGCAGCCGGUCACCUCCCUGUGGUUAAAACGCUACUAAAACAUGGUGCCUCUGUGAACAACGCAACACUGACAAACUCUACGCCCCUCCGAGCUGCCUGCUUCGACGGCCACCUGGAGAUCGUCCGCUACCUGGUGGAGCACAGAGCUGACAUGGAGGUAGCCAACCGACAUGGCCAUACCUGCCUUAUGAUCUCCUGUUACAAGGGCCACAAAGAGAUAGCCAAGUUCCUCCUGGACCGUGGUGCCGAUGUUAACCGCAAGAGUGUGAAAGGAAACACCGCCUUACACGACUGUGCUGAGUCUGGUAGCCUGGAUAUCAUGAAGAUGCUGCUCAAGUGUAACGCUCGUAUGGAGAGAGACGGAUAUGGGAUGACUCCACUCCUCGCUGCAAGUGUAACAGGUCACACCAACAUUGUGGAGUACCUUGCCCAUCAGCCUCGCUCCUCCAGGGAGGAACGCAUUGAUGCACUUGAACUCCUUGGGGCCACAUUUGUGGAUAAAAAACGUGAUCUCUUGGGGGCAAUGAGAUACUGGAGAAGAGCCAUGGAGUUGAGGCAGCCAGGUGACAAAACCGGUUCCCUGGCCAAGCCUCCGCCUGGGCCCCCUAUCCCCGCCUAUGACUGUGCCAAGGAGGUGAGCACCGCAGAGGAGCUGGAAGCCUUGAUCACUGACCCAGAUGAAAUGCGGAUGCAGGCUUUGCUUGUCCGCGAGCGCAUCCUGGGACCGUCCCACCCAGACACCUCCUAUUACAUCCGCUACAGGGGGGCUGUUUAUGCUGACUCAGGCAAUUUUGAGCGCUGCAUCAGCCUGUGGAAAUAUGCCUUAGACAUGCAGCAGAGUAACCUGGACCCUCUCAGUCCCAUGACAGCCUCCAGCUUCCUGUCGUUUGCAGAGCUCUUUUCUUUCAUCCUCCAAGACCGGGCCAAAGGCACCCUGGCAACGCGCAUCACCUUCCAUGAUCUGAUGGGCGUUCUGGGGAAAAGCGUGAGGGAGGUGGAGAGAGCUGUAGCACAGAGAGACAACCCCCCUGAAGCUCCCCAGUUCACCAAGGCCCUCUCCAUCAUCCUCCACCUCAUUUUUCUGCUGGAGAAGCUGGAGUGUAGCCCAGAGCAGGACCAUCAGAAGAAGCAGACAGUGUACCGCCUGCUGAAGCUGAGCCCUCGGGGCCGAAGUGGCUUCACUCCUCUCCACAUGGCUGUGGACAAGGAAACUACGUCUGUGGGCCGCUACCCUGUAGGUCGCUUCCCCUCCCAGGCGGUCGCAUCACUGCUUUUGGAGUGUGGCGCAGACGUUGAUUCACGUGACUGUGACAACAACACUCCACUGCACAUCGCUGCCAGCAAUGGCUGUCCAGAGAUUAUGGCACUACUUGUGAAGGCCGGGGCUCACUUUGAUGCCACAAAUGCACAGAGGAAGACAGCCUACGAGCUGUUGGAUGAGCAGAGCAGCGGACACACAGCCCUCUACCCCCUGAACUACGUCACACUUCAGUGCCUGGCAGCGCGUGCAAUUGAAAGGCACAGACUUCCCUACAAGGGGCUCAUCUCUGAGGAGAUGGAGGCAUUUAUUGAGCUGCAUUGACUUCCAUCACUGUCUAACUAGACAGCCUCGCUCUUCUCUUUCCCUGUCGUUCCACAUACUCAGCUAUACAGUACUGCAACCUACCAUCACCUCUCCCUCCCCCUCCCUCCUCCAUUAUUUUCAUCCCUGUCUCCAGCUGACCUCCACUCCCAUGCUGGCCCUACCAGUACCAUCCCCACUUGUCUCAGACCAAAUCGUAGCAAUAAACCUCCUGAUCUCUGGGUUUAAACCUGUGGCUGAGAUGUGGUCAGUUGCCACUUUUGUCUAAUGUGAGUCCUGUACACUUUUAAAGUGACAAAAGGUUUCUAUUUGAGGUUGCUAUUUGAAGCUGGGUUAAACUUCAACUUGACAUGAAUUAAGGAUAUUUUUUUUUUUCUCCCAGUCAAAGGGAGCCUUACAUUAUGGUGGUGCCUGUGUGUGUUUGGUGGUGGCUGGAUUGUGUGGAUGAUGGGUUGUAUUAUCAUUGAUAGGAACAAAUACCAUAAGGUUAUGAUCAAAUUAGCCACGUUACCUGCAUGAGAAUGAAGAGUGAAUAUGCUAGUUUACGUAUUUGGUAGAUCUGUUGUUUUGCAAAUUCGUCCAAGAAAAAGAUCCUCAUGAACAAACUAAACCACCCAAGCUUGCUUGCUUGACAUUUCUCCCCAUCAGUAUUGACCUAUUUAUCAUUCUUCAAAUAUACCCUCAACUACAUUUGUUUGUCAUGGCAAAUUGUUGAACUUACUGUGCCAAAUAUCAGCAAUGGGGUUAUGUUCAGUUUCGAAGUGUGAACUGUUGAGUGAAAAGCAGCUAACUUAUCGUAAUUAUAAGAACUAUUAACCUGACUUGGGGUUAGGAAGUUUCCACAGCUUGUGAGAAUUGGCAACUCUAGUUGCUGGAUUCUUCAGACUGUGAUGUGUUUUGGCAGCCUGCAGUGCCAGCAUUACAGACUAUGAUGAGAGUUAGGAUGACUGAUAUCCCUUCACUCUGAGUGAAAAGACAGAUAUUUGAGUAGGCACCACUUUGGCUGUCUCUCUUCUGUCUGCACACAAACGUUUGUAACCUAUGCAGUUUGUGAUUUCCGAAUCAAAGGUGAUAUUGUUCUGGCAAAAAUUCACCCCUAAAACAGAAUUCACACGAGACAUCCCAAUAGUUUUAGACAAAUAUCUUAACAUGACAAUGGGACAAAUCCUUGGGCUGCUCCACUGACACGACAGUGAAUUGGAAUCAGCUGAAAAUGCAAACUAAGAAUGUUUUUAGAUUUUUGCCUGCUUGAAUGAAGUUUCAAACCAGAAAACGUGCCUAUAUCACUAACAAAAUCACCCUGGUAAUGUCACUGUCAGCAAAGGUAUUCAAUUCACUGUCAAAGAAGCAGUUUCAGGAGAGCUGAGGCUCAUUUAUAAUGUUGGGAGAAAUAUCAAGUGAACUGCCUGAGCUCAUGUGUGAAUUCUGUUUUGGAUUUGAUUUUGCCUUCAACCGCAGAUGCAGGUCACAAGAAUGGUACAGAUGGCUUUUCCAGCCACUCCUGCAUCUUAGUCUUAUUUUUAAUAGUGUCUGUUUUGGUCUAUCUUGUGUUAUCAUUAAUGUUUUAUGUGUCUGUACUAAGCACCACCAAAAUGAAUGCACAUUGAGAAGCUCUGAAUCCUAAACAACUUUACAUCCAGGCUAUGAACUGUUGCUGCCUUUCUCUUUCUCAACUGAACUGAUUCAUUUAACUGAUGAUAACCAAGAGCAAAAGUGUGUUGGAGAUACUUGAAUAAAAUUCAGUAUCACAACAAGUGGUUCUGUGUGUGUG